ACUCUCUCCAACCACUCAUCCACCAUUAUUGCUACCACCCAUCAAUCAUCCACCUUCAUCUCUGCAGGUAAAUUUCUCCAUUUCAAUCCAUAUAUUCAUCAAUUUAGCCACUCUCAAUCUCAUACAUUCAUCUCAAAACCUAGAAAAUUCUAAUUGUUUGUGGAUUAAAAUAUGGGAUUGAUUAAGUUUCUAGGUUUAUUUGAUGAAUUCGGUAUCGAUUUAACAUAGAGGCGUUUAUGUGUGGAUUUUGAGCUCAAAUCAAACAAAUUAUACACCCCCUUAAUUUCUUUUGCUUUCAUUCUAAUUUCUUUUCACUUCUUUCUUUCUUUCAUUUAUUAAACUGGAGAACACGGUGUUGUUGGUCUGUUUAACACAAAUGAGAGUGGCACUGGAGAGGUCAAAUGGCAAUGAAAGUGCCAAGACCAUGGACAAGAGCAGUUUUCUUUCCUUUUUUUUAUCAUUUAGGCUUCAAAAUUAUGGGUCUACAAGACAAGAGCAGGUUCUUUUUUGAUCUUUUCGGUUGUCGGGUUUAGGUUUCAAGUAUUCAAUUUUUAAGCUUAUCAUGGCUAUGUUUUUUUCAUUCUUGUAUGGUAUUUUUAUUAUGUUAUGAACUUUACCUGACCCGAAUCAUCGAACCGUUCCGUAUUUUUUAUGUUCGGACACUUAAAAAAGUGAACCCUUUGAAAAAAUUUCCUAGAUCCACCACUGGUUGUUACAAUAAGGGUGACACAUAACUGUGUCUUAGUUGCCCAAUGAGAAUGCCUCAUAAAUUCGUACAUGUCACGUCUUAAUUUGUAAGCCUCGAGCCAUAUCACGGCAGGGACUUCCAUCUAGUUUAAAAUUAAAUACAAUUGUGAUAUACAAGUUUUUAAAACAUGUGAUUUACAAUUCAUUGAUGCACUUGGAGAUGGUGAAACAAAAGAAAAGAUUUAUUCUUUUAGUAAGGACCCACCAUCAUCCAACAGAUUUCGCUCUUGCAAGCGUUGUAAUGUGCAAGCGUUUGUGGUCAUAGAUGCGGAUAUGGAUGAUGUACCAGCUUAGGCCAAUGUAGAACAGCCGAGUCAUUCUUAUUGUUGAUCCGGUUAUGGCAAUCAAUGUUGCAGUAGGAGAAAAUGAUGUGCAAUACACCCCUACAGAAAUGCUUGCUAUGCUCAGUGAACCUUGAGGGUGCUUAGAGCGUUUUUUGUGUUCCCCACAAAUGUUUUUACAAUAUUACAAUAGUGAGACAGGUAUUUAAUUUUUGUAUUAGUGGUUAAUGCAUCUAUUUUUUUAAAUCAUUUAAUGUUUUAUUUAUUAGUUGUUCAAUAUGAAUGGUAUUUUAGUCAUUUCGUAGUCAGUUAACACCAAAAACUAGCCCUCAUCCACGUUAGGGAUUAUUCGAGAAACGAGUGUGCAAAAGGUGAGGACUACGGGUGUAAUUUUAGAAAGUUGUGGACUUUAAAAUAUGUAAUUAGUCUUUCAAACACUAAUUACAUUUUAAUUCCCUCAUAUUUAACUUCUGCCUAAUUAAUUAGUCGUUACACUAUAUCCCCUAAUAAAAAAAACCAUGUACCCCUACGAUUUUUAAACGAUCAUAACUUUUUCAUGUUAAUAUUUUAACCAAUGUUACAACAUAAAAACGAGCAUUUUAUUCUCUUUAGUCUGAGUAUAGUAUUUCAAUAGUUUUUUUAAUAAAAAAAUUAUUAAUAUGUUACAUGAUUAAGAAUGUUUAGGGGUGAACAAUAACUAAAUCGUUAACCGAAACAAAACCGAAGAUAGACGAAACCUAAUCGAAAUCAACCAAAAUCUGAUUUAACUAAAAAUUAAUUAACUGAAAACUAAAUUAACCAAAAACCAGUUAUUCGUUUUUUUGUACCCUCCUUUAACCAAAAUUAUCCGAGCGAACUGAACUACUUCUAUUUCAUAUAUUUGUACUUUCAUUUUAUUUAUUUAUACAUCAAUUUUAUGUAUUUAUACCUCAAAUUCAUAUAUUGCUAAGCUAAAGGUUUAGUCCAAAUUUUGUUUUGGCUAUUCACAUAAAUUAAACGAAAUAAAAAACUAUCAAUCUAUCCAAAUAUUAACCGUUUGAUUAAUAAAAUACACACUAACCAAUGACUUAAUUGAGAAUAACAAAAUCGAACUAUCUGAAUCAUAGACACACUCAGUUGAAAAGAUAUUGGUAGUACGGAAGGAUGUAGUACGGAAGUAUGUGGUACUAACUGGCUAUUAUUAAUUCAUUUCCCCCUUUUUACCAUUGGAACCCUAAAUUCUCGUUCUACAACUUUCCGAUAUCCAGCUGAAAUGAAUCCAUGGUUGACACCAGCUAAAGAAGUACACUACUUGAUCGGUUGAGGGUUUCCAUGGAUUUUGGCUGCAGAAAAGUUUCCAGACUCGCUUCCACAUGUGGUACAAUGCUUACAGGAACUGGAGUUCACAAGUUUUAGUUUCGGAGAUUUGAAUCAACUUCAAGGUGCUCUAUGUAUGCUUCGGAACUCACCUAAUUUGAAAGGACUUCGUGUGACACAUAUGCUGAUGGGACAAGAGGCUGAUUUGCAAUUAACAUCUAACUACUUAGAAUCCCCUGAGUGUCUGGAUCAGACAUUGCUCAUGUUGCAAACUGUAGAAAUGACAUCUUUUGAGGGGUCAAGACCAGAGCUCCUCUUUGUAAAGCUUCUGCUCGAUUGUUCUCCACAUCUUGAAAAUAUGAUAAUCCAACCAAAAUCAACUAUUGAUGCUGAGAAAAGGCUCAACAUUGCAAAGGAUGUUUUGAUGUUCCCACGAGCCUCACCAAAAGCAAAAGUGGUCGGAGCCAUAAUUCUAUAAGAAUGUUUUAAGUGCAUUGAUAUCCGGUAGCUAUCUCGUAAUUUAUAUCUUGUCUUUUAUUUUACCUUUUUUUGUAUGCAGUUGACAGUACAAUGUAUGUUAAAACAAUGAUAUUAAUGGACUUGGGCUUUUGCUGGAUUAAGACAGGGUUACAAAGUGGUAACAGGUUCUGCUUUUUCCCAUGUUGCAAUUUGUAUCUUGGGGUAGUUCAUUCAGCAUAGAAGAAAGUUUUUGGUUUGGUCUCAAGUGCACUGAAGUCUGCCUAUAUAAGCUGAAUCGUUCAUCUUGAACCCCCUCUUCAAUUUGUGCAUAUCAGCCCAUGGUUUUCUGGUUUCAUUUCGUUCCAUGUUAUCACUUAUCAGAGAUUAGCUUUUAAAACGACUUGUUUUGACCUGGACCCAGUUUGAUCCGUUACCUGAUCUCACCCGGCUAUUUUGCCUUGCUUACAAUCUAUCAUACUUUCUCUACAGUUUUGGUAAACAUCCUAUAAUUUCCAUAUUCAUAUAUAUCCAAAGUCUAUGGGUGAGGGCCGUAGCAGCCUCACCCCACACAGAGUUUUGGUGCUCCGUUGUAUCGCAUGGUGUGCUGAGUAUAUUUCUCAACUCCAAUGAACCACACAUAGCUAGUUCUCCAUCUCUAUGUAUGCUUGGUUUUGUGUGAUUUAGUACUAGAUGAUACGAAGAUCUCCAUGAGUUGCCUCAGAUAAUGCAUCUGCUACUCUGUUUUCUGACACCUUAUUAUAGCGGAUAUAUAUUUUCUCGAAUAUAGGGCAUAAGUAGUGGAGGCUGUGUGCACUUGUUGGCAUAGUCAUAGCUACUCCAGUACACUGCUAAUCGUCACCGCCUAACGCCUUUGUUUGCCCCACUUUGGCCAGGUUAUGUUGUCUUAGCCGGGCCCAAGCUGGCUUCAAAGUUUGGCUUUUUUGGGCGUUCCCCUAGGAAACCAUACCCACAAGAGCAGAACUCUCUGGCGUAACACACGGUGGGACGAAAACCUGGUUGGGCUUAGGAAUCGAACUGACAACCUCACACAAGGCUUAGUCCAAAUCCCUCAUUGUCUAUAUCCACCCUAAUAUGACACAAGUGGGAAUUAAACUUGAGUCUCUAUUGAAAAACUCAAGCCUCCUACCACUAGACCACAAGUAAGGGGAUAUAUCAUUUAGUUAAUAGUGGGUAAUAACUAGGAGUUGUCUUAGUUGCAGAGGCGGACCUACAUUAAAGGUUCCGGGUUCCCAGGAACCCGUUCAGUUUGAAUAUUAGUAGAAAAUGUGUAUACAAAUAUAGAGUGAACCCAUAGAUAAAUUAUAAGGUGAACCCAUAACAAAAAAGCUGAACGGGUGCAAUGGUUAGGCGCCCCUUUUACUUUCACUGUGGCACGAGUUCUAUCCUGGUAUCAAACGACGUUUUUCUUGCAAUUUCUGUAAAACUGAAAUUAAUGAAUUAGGGUUUUUGUAUUCAUUCUUCGGCUUUUUAUUCAUUGGGUUUUUGUAUUCAUUCCUGGGCUUUUUAUUCAAUGGUUUCCUAUCCCUCUUCAUGGUAGAAUCAGAAGUAGUAGAUGUUUUAGAACAAUGGAACCAUUAGAUGUUUUCGGUAAGUGUGAUUUAGUAUGGAAAUUUUAUAUUGUAAAAAAAUAACCAUUAGAUGUCUUCCAAACUUGUGAAAUUAAAAUUAAAAAUUCAUAAAAGAACAACUUAUAGCAUUAUAUUCAAAAAUUGCUAGAGGACUGAAUAGGAAUCGUCAGCUUUUUAUUAGUUUAUUUUGAAUGCGAAACUGGAGCUUUCAAUCAACAAGAAAUUCCUUCUUUGUAUUAUAUACCCACCUCUACAUGAAAACAACUUUAAACUGCAUCCGCCACUGGUUAUAAAUCCCAACCGACCCGACUCGACUGGAAAUUCUAACUUCAAGUUGACCGAAAUUCGAGCACUUAAAAAAGUGAACCCAAUGGAAAAAAUUCUAUAUCCGCAACUACUCAGUUGCAAAUGUUUAGGAGAUUUAUCUUUACAUAUAAAGGUGAUAAGCGAUUGUUUGUAUUAACAAAUAAAACUAAAGUGAAGCUUGGUAGAACUAGAGCAGUGGGGCCAGUUCGUUGGGGUGUUAAAGCGAGUUUGGGUCAGACUGGUUUAUGUCAAAAUGAAUCGCUUUUAAAAAUAUCAGUUUGGUUCGGGUCAGAAAGAUUUCCGUGAGUUCAACCACAAUUAUGUCUUUUGUGGCACCGAGGGACAACACGGGUGGGGGCUUUGGGUGUGGCAUUGGUGGAGGCAAUGUUAGUGACAACAGAGCUUGUGACGGAGGCUGAGGUGCCAACAGUGGUGGCGAUGCCUGCGGUAACAAAGGCAGUGGUACCGGUGGUUGUGUCAGUGGUGAUUGGUAGGUGGUGGCCACGGCAGUUUUAAUUGCAACGGUGGUGAUGAUGAACUGUUGGUAGUAGAUUGGGAACCCUAACAUGAAGUAUGUUGUGAUGAAUCUACUCACACAACACCAAACACACAUUGUUUGUUAUUAACACUAUAUAUUUUUCAUUCACUUUCUUUUCUUAUACAGCUUAUAAAAUGGCCUUGGUGCAUCAACACUAGCCCUAUACUAGAAGCAGUUGUGUUCAACUGUGAAAGUUGAUUUAAAGCACUUGUGUUCAACUAUACGCUAUUGUUGUUAAAAUAUAAAUAAUGAUAAUAUUAAUAUAAUAUAAAUUACAAUAUUAACAAUAAUACAAACAUUUAUAAUUUAUAUUCUUGUUAAUAUUUGUUUUUAUAAUUAAAUACAGGAUUAAAAAAAUUGACAGUUUAUAUACGCCAUGGUCGGCGUACCGAGCGUAUAACGGACAAAAAAAUAGUAAAAAUAUUAUAAUGGACAAAAAAUAUAUUAUUUUUUUGGUUUUCAGGAUGAGACAUGGAUUACCAGCUCAACCUGCAGGAGCAGGUGGAGCAGCAGCAUCAGCCGGCGGAUCCACUUAUGGGCACCCAUACUUGGAGUUUCCCUCGGAGUCCGAGGCUACUGGCCGUUGCGCCAAGCUUAGGAGGAUGCAUGCCGGUGGUCACUAGGCGGUUCGUUGGUAGUCUCUUCAGACCCUCGGUGAGGCGGCUAUAGCGUGAGAGUUUAUUCUGCCUAGUUCACCUUGGGAUUGGCUUUUUGAGUUAUCGCAUAUGUCUAGCUACAGAGAGAUUCUCGUCGAGGUUUUGUCUUCGUUUUGUCCUCGUCGGGCAGACCAGCCUAUGGACCCGGCGCACCCCCUCCCCCCGAGGUUUCUUUCCACCUGGGCGGCCAAGCGCGUGCUAUGUCGCUUGCAGAGUUUGUGACUCGCUGCGGUUUAUACUAGGAGGCUGAGAUCGCUACGGAUCUCUAUACACAGAGCGGCUCCCAGUCAAAGAUGCUGUACGGACAAGCGUUCUUUCAAAAAGGUGGAGGUAUAGAUGGACCACUAUGAAGUCACUGGAUUUCCUUUACGGAUUCUCUGGACAGUUCUUGAAAAUUGGAGCUUAUUGCCAUAAUGGGUUUACAAGGGUUAUAAUUCAGAUUAUGAUCCAUCACCAGGGUCCCAUUUUGCAAUUUCAUCUCCACAUACCAAAAGAGAUAUUUCUUGAUAGCUUCCAAGAAGUUGAUCAAUGGAUGCUACUCCUAGCAAGAAACAAUCUCAGGGUGCUCGACUUUCGGAAUUCAAAUCGGAUUUAUCAGAUUCCAUCCUCCGUAUUCUCUUUUCUAGAAUUGAGAGUGUUGGGAUUAGUUAACUGUAUUUUCAAGCCACCGCUUGAGUUUAAGGGAUUUCAGAAUCUUGAAGAUAUUAUGUUCAGCAAAGUUAAUUUCGGCGGUGGAACUGUUAUCAACUUACCACAACUUAAGGCUUUGACACUGUUACGUUGUAGCAAUGUUAACAGUUUCAACAUCAAGGCUGAAAUGUUGCGGAUUUUGCGGGAAGACAGUUGCCCUGAAGAUAUAUUGCUCCGGUUAUUGCAUAGUCAAUACCUUUAUGCGGUUAAAAUAUGCUUGUUGGAAUCCUUAAAUGAUCUUGUUCGCGUUGGAAGAUUUACUUUUACAAUUGAUGGUUAUUUUCUCAAGUUUAUGGCAGCAGGAAAGUUUUCAGAGUGGCUUUCACAUGCCAAAUGGUUAACGCGAUUGAACUUUCAAAGUGUUAGUUUGGGUGAUUUAUAUCAAAUUCAAGGUGCUUUGUGUAUGCUUCGGAACUCACCUAAUGUGAAACUACUUCGUGUGACAUAUAUGCCGAUGGGACCCGAGGCUGAUCUGGAAUUAACAUCUAGUUACUUGGAAUCUCAGUAUCAGACAUUGUUCAUGUUGCAAAGUGUAGAAAUGAUAUAUUUAGAAGGAACAAGACCAGAGAUGCUCUUUAUAAAGCUUCUGCUCGACUAUUCUCCACAUCUUAAAAAGAUAAUUAUCCGACCAAGGGCUACGGCUGAUGCUGAGAAAAGGCUCAACAUUGUAAAGGAUGUUAUGCAGUUCCCACGAGCCUCAACAAAAGCAAAAAUGGUCUUCUUGGAUCCGGAGCCAUAAUUCUAUAAGAAUGUUUAAAUGCAUUGAAAUCCGGUGGUUAUCUCGUAGCUUAUUUUACCUUUGUGGUAUGCAGACUAUGUAUUAAGUUCUCAUUCUACCUUUGAUCACUAAAUUGUAUUAAAUCAUGAUACCAGACCUAUCAAUACAGAAGUAAUUUUUAAGUAAAGAUGAUCUAGCUUUGCCUCUGAUGAUGUUGCUGAUUCUAUAUCGUUUCUAAUAGCCCCUAAAAGUUGGCUCUCCAGCAACUGGGGGCGUCA